AUGCUGCAGAAGGCACGGGCGGGCGGGCGCGAGGGCGUGGCAGGCGGGCGUGUGGGUCGGCGGGUCGGCGCGAGGCCCUUGUUAAAAGUCAUAAAAAAAAAGACAAUAAAGAACCAGUUGGUGGAAUUGUUAGUUCGUCGUGUUGCAUCCAUGGCAGCCAUACAUAUCCUAGUGUACCUUGUGGUGGUAAUGCUAGUAGUAGGACAGUCUACCGCCACCCUCCAAGACAACAUGGUCAUUCUGGACCAUCCCAAGAUGCCAACUCUAGGUGAGGCGGCGGAGAGAGUUGACUGGCUGGAGGCGGCUAGUGAAGGUACGAGCCAGGUGGCCAAGUCCAGAGGCAGACGCUAUUUGUACUUCCCCACAGGCAGCUAUGUAACCUUUGAUUUUAACAUGACGAUGCCAAUGUUGGGGAUUGGUGACUACGGUAGCUGGCAGACAGUAGCUGCUGUCACCUUCUAUCUGCCGAACAGCACCUUCAACUGGGGCAGAUCACACCAGCAAGGAGCCUCGGACCGUACAAGCCUCUACAGGCGUUUUGAGACUUUCCUCAGUGGUUUGGGCUACGACGGGCACGCGUGCACGCUGAGGACGCUGUGUGAGAUAGCAGAGUCACCGUUCGAACACAGUUUCUACGGAGAAGUUGUCAACCUCAUCUUGUCAGCGUCGAAGAGUCCAGACGAGGAGUCUGUGUACGAGGAGUACAUGAGAGCAGAGUACUACGGCAAGACUCACGGAGACUGUGAUCGUCUUUACAGUGACUGUCCACACUCCGUCCUCGACAAGGUUUCACAAGCCUUCACCUUUUGAGUAUCACGGAGAAACGCAAAACCCUUAUGAGGCAUAGAGCGUUAACAAAGCAAAAAAAAAAAAAAAGAUUAGUAGA